UGCCAAAAGCCAGCUUGUCACCUGGCCUGUCCCCAGACCCUCCCUGGCCUCCUGGGUUCACACUGAGACGCGGCCAUGUGGGGGCUGCUGCAGACACUCUCAACCUGCCUUCUCCUGCUGCUCCCCUGCUGCCCCGAGGGGACCCGGGUCCCUCACCGGAGGUUUGAGUACAAGUUCAGCUUCAAGGGGCCGAGGCUGGCAGUGCCAGGGGCCGGGAUCCCCUUCUGGAGCCACCACGGAGAUGCCAUCCUGGGCCCUGAGGAGCUGCGCCUGGCCCCAUCGCUGCCCGGCCGCAGGGGAGCCGUGUGGACCAGGGCCCCAGCCCCCUUCCUCGCCUGGCAGGUGGAUGUGCAGCUGCGGGUGACGGGGCGCGGCCGCUGGGGAGCCCAGGGCAUGGCCGUGUGGUACAGCCGGGAAGGGGGCCACGGGGACUCCGUCCUGGGGGGGCCUGCCACCAGGGACAGCAUCGCCGUGGUCCUGGACUCUGGGAGCAGCCAGGGCAGCCCUGCCAUCCGCCUGCUGGCCUGGGAUGGGCACACAGCCUCCACCACCUCACCAUCACUCGGGGGCGGGCGUGAGCUGGGCUCCUGCCACCGAGACUUCCGGAACCGGCCGUACCCCUUCCGAGUGCGGGUCACCUACUGGGGGCAGAGGCUGCGGGUGACCCUGUCCAGCGGCCUCACUGCCCAGGACCCUGAGGAGGAUUGCUUCAGUGUGGGGCCCCUGGCUUUGGCCCCCGGGGGGCUCUUUGGGGUCUCUGCUGCCACAGGCAACCUGGCAGAUGACCAUGAUGUCCUGUCCUUCCUGGCCUUUAGUCUGAGGGAUCCGGACCCAGAGGUGCCCCCCCUGCCCGCCCUGCAGAGAGAGCAGCUCCGUCUGGAGGCCCAGCUGGAGGGGCUGCGGCUGGCGCUGGGCUCCAGGGAGGACGGAGACCCUGGUGCCCAGGAGGAGAGUGUGGCCCCGGGGCUGGCAGGGGACCUGGCCCUGGCCCUGGGGGACACUCUGCACAGACACCGCCAGGUCCUGCAGGAGCUCCAGGGCCUCUCCCAGCAGCUGAGCCAGGCCGGCAGAGGGUGGACGUGGGAGCUGGAGGCCGUGGGCCAGGCUGGGCCCAAGGGUGCCUGGGACUCUACCCAGGCCGGCGCCCUGCUCCGUGGACAGCUUAGCCUGCUUCAGCACCUUCGGCCACUGAGGGAUGCCGCUGCCCACAUGGCCUCUGCAGCCCGGCCCCUCUACCUGCCCGCCGGCACCCAGCACCACUUCUCUGAGCUGGAGCAACUCCUGGAGCUUCUGCAGAGAGACCUGCGGGGCCUGGUGAGAGCAGCCAAGGCCCCACACACCUCAGGCCAGCACCCAAAGGCCCUGGGGUGCCUGCAGCCAGGCCUCUUCCUGCUCUUCCUCCUGGCCCAGGCCGCUGCCCUCUGCUGCCUCCUGCACUUCAGGCAGCAGCUGGACCAGCACCUCCAGGAACUCCUCUCCACGCACAGCCCCGCCCGGAGCCCAGCUCCCCACUUCCCGAGGGUCCUGGGAGCCAUGAGGAGACAGCCCCCCACACCCAGCGCCCAGGCCUGAGCCCCAGCCUUGGCCCCAUUAAAGCACACCCCCA